AAAGGUGAGAGAGGAAGGAUGUGUACCAUCAGUUGACCUGCAGGAUGACACCCAAGCUGUUCACACUGCUGGUACUGGCCGGCGUGGUCAGCUUCGUCGCUGGCCAGGACUGCUUCCCCCCUUACGUGAAGUUGGGUGGACAGUGUGUGUUUGUGGAGUAUGACACUCAGAAGUCGUGGCAGGAGGCUCGGGAGUUUUGCGCCUCCCUGGCUGGUGACGGUACGGCCGGCGACCUGGCCACAUUCCCGACCUGCGACGAAUAUACAACCUUCGUCAGAUACCUCGCCUUGAAUGUACCGGUCAACACGACGGUGUGGGUGGGAGCUCACUCACUCUUCACACCAAACAUGUGGCAGUGGUUGACGGAGGAGAGCCUACAAACGGGGGUACCCUUCUGGGCCUACCCUGAGGAAUAUAACGGCACCGAGAACUGCGCCGCCGCCUCUGGCAGUUACUACUACAGGCUGGUGGACGCCCACUGUGACCUCACUAAGGGCUUUGUCUGCGCCACACUACCGAAAGAACGCAAGAAGAAAACCGAAUACACAGCAAAAGACUAUUGGAGCUGCCCGCACCACAGUGUCUUGAUCGGCAACAACUGCUACGUGUUUGAGGAUCACGUAGAAUCUUGGGAACGAGCUGAACAGAAGUGUCGUGAAGAACACGAUCACUACGCUGGUCUCCUCUACUACCCCAGCAGCUGUGAGGAGUUUACCCACAUGGCGCAUCACCUCGAGGCUGACGAGAGACGGAAGCAGUACUGGGUGGGAGGGAUUGAUGUGUCAGGGAAGGAGGAGUGGACGUGGGUGGAGGGUGGGAUAAUACCCAGCGGCCCCCCUUAUUGGGCGUCCGGGGAGCCCAGUCACCAGCAUGACAACCGGCCCAGGAAACACUGCACUAUUAUGGACCCGAGUAUGCGAUACUACCUGCGUGACGAACACUGCAAUGACUAUCAUCCCUACAUCUGCAAGUUGACCAAGGUGUAGUAGACGACAGUGGCCCUCCUGGAUUACCUGUAAUGGUGCCUCUACAAGCUUUAAUGGCGCAUCUACAAGCUUAAAUGGUGCCUCCACACGCUAUAAUGGUGCCUCUACAAACUUUAAUGGUGCCUCUACCCCAGCCUCCUCUACCAUCCUAGAGUCAACCGCCUUUGCCAAAUAAUGUCUUAUAUAUAUUUGAGCAACACCUUGUGAUACUCCCGCCCCCAUCACUUAUGAAUGGGAGGCUGAGAAUGACUGCACAAACAAUUAGGACGGAAUAUUCUAACAAACUUAAAUAACAGUAUUCUGAAUCUAAGUGUGUUCAGUCAUGGCGGCUCCUG